UACUCCAUGGCUUCAUGGAAUGCGGGCAGCAGUGCGCUCAAAUCAUGCUCGGCCCCGCUGCCUCGAGCGAGAAUUCCCCCGGGCGUGAGAAUGCCAGCAGUCAUGGUGGCGGCUAUGGCGACGAAGACUUGUCGCAAUUGUAAGCAGCAAUUCGAUCCUCUUGCCAACAGCCCAGGAGCUUGCCGAUUCCACACAGCACACUACGGUGGUAAGUUCUUCCUCGAGCUAGUUCUCUCUCUCUUUAUAAUCUUCGCCGAUCAAGGUGAGACCAAGAGGAAAUUCGAGAGCGUGUACAAGGGAGGCACCAUGAACACAUCGGGCGCUGGUGAGAUCUCUCACUACUGGCACUGCUGCGGCAGCCCAGACCCCUUCGAUGCUGGCUGCCAAUCCUCUCCUCAUCUCUCGUAUGACGAUUGAUCGAUCGCGAUCUCCAUCGGUCUAGACUCGCAUGAAUGGAACCGGCACUUGUCCUGGAUCGCCAGGAAUGCA